AAAAGAUUCGUGACACGAAUCACCUUAUGGAUUACUCGAAUUGACGCUAUGUUGUCGUUCCAGGUCCAUACCAGGAGGCUCGUCAGACGGCACCCCCCGGAGGCGGCAUGUCUGCCGAGGACAACGGCAACCUCCCUUCUUCAGGGGGAGGAGGAGGAGUGCUAAUCAAGCCGAACUCCAGCAGUAACGAAGACCUCAGCGAAUACACAGACGCCGAUGAGAGCAUCUCAGCUCCUACUGAGUUUCUUGCAGAGUUCUUAUCAGCGGUAAUGCUGAAGGACUACCCGACAGCACUGAAGUAUUGCAAACUGAUUCUCCAAUAUGAACCUAAUAACGCAACGGCCAAAGAAUUUUACCCGCUGAUUCUGGAAAAAAUAAGAAUUGAAGCCAAUGACAACGAAAGUGAGGAAGAAGAGGCUAGCGAAGAAAGUUCCGGCACUGGUUCUGAUAACAGCACUAGCAGCACUAGCAGUGAGGAGAGCAGCGAAGGACAAGAGGAAGAUGAAGAGGACGAGGUAGAAGUAGAACAAAGCGCCGGGGACAAACGUUCCAAAGGAUCUUCAGACGGCACCACCGGAAGUUACUCCAGUUUGGAAGACGACGAGGCGGUUGAUCAGCUAGUUGCUCUAGCAAGGAAAUACCAGAUUGACAACGUUAACUUGGGCAACGGAAACAAGAUAUAUAACACCUCAACUUCCGCUCUUCUCCAAAACAAGGCCUAUUCCAAGAUCGUACCUUCACCACCCGAAACAAACUCCAACGUUCAAGCAGGUACGAACUUCCCGUUCGGUACCAGCUCAGAUUCAGAGUCGCCUACAGAACCCGUCAGCCAGCAAACCAUCAAGAUACUAAGGGCCAGGGUCGUACCCGGUAAUAUCUGAAUGACAUAUACGCUGUAAGAAAAAGUGAGAGUAUAUAAUAGGUAUAGGGCUAGGGUGCUCCUUGAAUCGCAUAUCGAGAUAUAUAUACCUACUACCUGAGUACUCUUUAUCAAGGUCAUAAGGCAUAGCUCGAUGCUAGAUGGUUGUUUUAUUUUUAUUUUUAUGACAACUUCUUCCAAAUGCAUUAUCUAACAUGUAUUACAUGUUUAAUGAUGAGAUGAUUCACGAAUUCCAAAAUCACGAAGAACGUGACGUUCUGUUAGGCCUUUUCCAAAGAGUAGGUAGUAUCAACAGAAGACGGUUUGACAAGGUGAAUAAAUUAGAGAGAGAUGUAACCCAAUGGCGUCCACAAAAGAGCUGAUCGCAUUUAAACACGUGCUGUUCUUAGUCAUAGAUAAAAAUGGUGUUGUCAGACAGAUAAUACCUUUUUGGAUGAAUGCACUGACCAUUACUCGUACUAAAAGCAUUUUUGUGCCCUAACAUUUAGGCUUCCACCUGCGCCGCGACCUCGGUGUAAAAAAAUUAAUUUGGCAACAAAAGAGGAAUGUCAGCUUGAAUUUCAAAUUUUUGGUAACCUUUAAUUGCUUAUUUUACCAAUCACCGAAGAAUUUGAGAUGACUACCCGUGAUCCAGACAGCCUGGCCUUGAGACGAUAUACUUACUUAUUUCGUAUAAAUUUUGACGUAACCAUCAGAAACCGCGAAAAGAAUGAACACUAUUCAGCUCAGUAUAAAUGUAGCGCUCCCUAAACAUUUUAUGUCUGUUUGGCAACACCGCCUCGGAAGAGCCAUCUAUCAUCGAAUCGCCAAACCAAGGGCGAUAUUUUCCAAAGCUCACUGUUCUCAUUGCAAACUAGUAAUAGUCCAAGUGGCGACCACAAAGUUUUGUAAAAGUUUUAAUUAAAAACUAGUCUUACGUACAGUAUAUUCACUGAAUCAAAACAGUUACAUCACAAGGUCAAAUAAUGACAGUGACGCGGAUGGUUGCCACAUUACUUAAAACUACUAGAUCCUAUGACAUAAAACACAAAUAAACAACAGCCUUUGGUGUAAUUACCUGACAACGGGUGUUGCGACAAACUCACAACAGUGAACAAAAUAAAUGUACCAGGAAAAUUCAAACUAUACGUACCAAUCUAGGAUCUAUUUUGCAUUAAGGUUGGCAAUCAAACUUACUAAAUAUGAAGUAACUGCUUUGUUUCAGUGAAAGGACUAUAUCUUGAUACUAAACAGAAAAUUCGGCAAGUUUGCUCAUCAUAUUUUCAAAUAUGUUGGAAACGACGCAUUUUCAGUUCAUCUAAGAAAUGUUGAAUGAGCAUGUUUUUUUCAGGUACAAAAUAUCCAUAUAUGCGAUUAUAUAUUGGGGCUUACCAUAUAAAAUUUUGAGUAAUUGACAUUUUUCCAUUUUUACAAAAUAAAAGGCCUAAUAAUACAUUUCUGCCUAUUUUUUCAGUAUGCAUAUGAAUAUCUCGAGCAUUAAAAAUGAAAAUACCUACCUUUACUAGAGUAUAACUUCCAAUCGCCAAUAUCAUUGUACGAGGUCUGUAAAUUAAGUGUUUCCUUUGCACUCUGUCCAAGUCUGAAGCAAAAACCUUUACUCGAAAUUGAUGCUUCUCAUUUUCCGAAUAUAAUAACAAAAUUUCUGCGGACAACCAAAUGACUCGAGCGAGGUCAAACUUGUACUGAAGGCGGAUCUCGUCUUCCCCUGUCUCCCCUCCAAGCUCGGUGGCUCCAGUGUUGCCAGAUCGAACGCUACGUUGCCAAUCUCAUCACCUAAUUUACAGGCCUCGUAUCUGUACGGUUUUUAAGGAGUAUUUUUGCUUGAAAGAGCCAAGCAGUGGCGUUUCGUUAUCCAAUUCAUGUGUGCAAGAGCAGCUUCACCCAGGGUACAAUUUUUAUACUGAGCACAUGGUUCAGUUAGGUGACUCGGUUACUUAUUUUGUUGUUGUAUUUAUUUAAAUGGCAUUCAUUAUUUUCCUAGAUGUCUUUUGUUCUUAUUAUUUACCAAGAGAGAAAAAGAGAGGCAUUGCAGUCAUUAAUGACGACUUCUCGGGUUAGUUGUGAAAAAAAUUAUUUAAUCAUCGUAUUAUACACUUUGUUCAAGUAUGGAUAAUUUGUCAAUUGCUCGUGGGAGUUUACUGAUAUUUAGCAUUAAUCUCUUGAUAUAUACAUGUUAUAUACAAUACAUAUUUAUAUAUAACUAUCAAGUAGAAAUAAUUUGUAGAUCGUGCUCAUAAUAAUAUUUACUUCUAACGUAAAACUGUUUUUAUAGAUGAGAUGUAAAGAGUAAAACCCUUUCUAGAAGAAGUGGAGUGACAGUGACUAUAUAUUUUUGUAAUUUUUGUAUGUAGACACAGAGUGUAUAAAACAAAUGAAGUAUUUGACCAAACUAUAUUGUACGUAGACUUUUUCUAGGUUUCUUCGUACGCCCAUAUUCUAUAUCCACAAAUGCAUAGUAACAUUGACAAACACUGAUUGCAAGCGUUUAAAAACUUCUGAACAUUCCCCUUAUGUUACCUUUCAAUUACAUGUAGUACAAAAACAGAAUUUUGCUUGUAACGCCAUUUAAAUGGCUGUGUUUAGGUUUUGUAUUUUUGCAGUUAGAUCUCUGUUACAUUCAGUGGCGUAUAUAAAACUUAGGUUUGGGGGGGGGGGGUUGGUGGUGGUGUUGGUGGUUAAAAAAUCGUAGUGAAUAUGCUUUUGACUUUUUGUACUUAUCUGAGAAAAAAUGCACAGCUUUUAUUUCUAAAUUUUAGAGUGGAAAUAGAGCGUUAUUUAUCCCUUAAAGAGGUUGAAAAUAGCAGGAGCAGUGUGCUUUUCCCACCGCCCCCCUUUUAGUUAAGCCACUGGUUACAUUACGAAACAUUUUUUGAAAAAUAAUCAAGAGUACGUUCAGAACGAAGUUCUUUCACUUUCAAGGAUUUCUUUUGUGAUAUAAAAUAAGGGUUUAGCAGUGGUAUUUCAGUUUUUAGUAUAAAUGUUAAAAUAACUAGAAUGACGUAAGACUGAAUGUUUUCUUAGGGCAUAGCCAAUCUUCGAAAGUAACAUAUCUUAGAGUCUUUUAUUAUAAUUAUAAUUUGAUUCUCAUCAUAAUAAUUUAUCCAUUACAACAAUGUAUCGUCAGUUCUGCUUGAGGUUAAAUGACACCACCGAUUCAAAUCAUCUAAAGUUCUCAUUUUGAAUAUAUUUUAUUCGAAAAAAUACAAUAACUUUGUAAAAAUAUUUGAGUCGGUGGUUGAAUUUUUUGGUAUAUUUAAUUUGAAACCAAUGUACGAUUAGCUGAUCUUACCUGGGUAAGUCAGGUAUAAUUUUAUGCAUUUUUUGAUUUGCAAUGUCUUUGUGACGAUUCUACCCUCCCUAAAAUACAUUUUAACGUAUUCAUUAAUAAAAUAUAAAGACACAUAUUGCAAAUAUAUGUUAAAGACAAAGUACUUUUAGCUUUAAAUUUUAAAAUACAUGUAUUCGUCAUUAAGAUUAGUUUAAAAAAAAUAUUGGUGUUAAAAAAUGAUGCUCAUUGUAAGUGAACGAAGUUUUAAAAUUGGCUUUUUAACAUUUUUCCGGUCCCGGUCUAGAUACGUUUUAUUAAUAACAUAAUUUCUUUGUCAAAUUUCACCAAGUCAUACAUGAACUAUCGAGUUUUCUAAUAAAUAAUUUCAUACUCCACCCUUAUUAAAGGAGUAAUAUCAUGGUUAUGUGAAUCUUGCUAGAUUUUUUAAAAAAGAUUGUGUCAUUUGUCCGUUCUUGCUACCUAAGGUUAAUAAAAUUUCGAAAUUUCAUUUUUUUUAUUUCUUUCAAAGUGGCGACAUUUCAACUUUUAUAAUUUUUAGAUUUUAUCAG